UCUGGGCUGUCAGGGAGAGUGCUGGGGACCCCGGGAGCUGGGUGGCCUGAGAGUCCCCAGCCAGCCCUUGGUCCUGCUAGGUCCCGAGAGGACAGGGUCUCCUGGGGUGCCUUGGCGGCUCCCAAACCCCUGUUCUGCCCCCAGGGGGCGCCUGGACAUUCUGAAGCAGGAGGAAGAGGGGGCACCCAGGUGACAAGGAGCAGGCCAUGGGCGCGGGGGCGGGGACGCUGCUGCUGGCGCUGCUGCUGGCGCGGGGCGCACCCCAGGAGCCGGAAUCGGGCGAAGAGGACUUCCUGCCAGGUAGGGCGCGCAGGACGCGCUGCGCGCGGAGCAGCCGGGCCAGGUGCGGUGCGCGGCACGCCUCACCCCUCCUCUCCUCCGCUGCAGGUCCCAUGAACACCGAGCUGUUCUCAAGUAACCGACGGGCCCGGGGACGGGGCGGGCUGUGCGGGGAGGGUCCGGUGUCACCUGCUUCCCCGGCGGGGCGACCCGGGGGCCCGCGCGCUUCUCCAGGGAUCCCCGGUCCUCACACAGCCGGGGCGAGGGUGGGCGGGCUGGGCUGUGGCUGCCCUCAGUGCGUGUCUCUGUCCACCGCAGAGCCCUGCGGAGAGCGGGAAAAUAAGCCGCUGAUCGUGGGCGGCGUGGAGUCGGUCCGCGGGCGCUGGCCGUGGAUGGCCAGUUUGCGCAGAAAUAACAGACAUGCCUGUGGCGGGACCUUGCUGAACCGCCGCUGGGUGAUGUCAGCCGCGCACUGCUUUGCUAAGUACGGGGAUGUGGACAGCUGGCGCGUCCAGCUGGGGGAGCUGAGCAGCAGGUUGUUUCCAGAGAGCAUCAGGGCUUACUUGGGCAGAUACAGAGUGAAGAAAAUCAUUAUUCAUCCCUUAAACACUGGUGCGAACUACGACGUCGCCCUGGUGGAGCUGGCCUCCCGCGUGACCUACAGCGCCUACGUGCGGCCCGUCUGCGUGCUCUCCUCUACUGCCAUGUUCCAGCACCGGCCCGACUGCUGGGCCACUGGCUGGGGCUACAUCGCAGACAACGGCACCAGAAUACCCCCUCCAUACAACCUCCGCGAGGUGCAGCUCGCCAUCAUCAACCACACCUGGUGCAACCACCUCUACUCACUGCCCGCUGAGCGCAAAUUAAUCCACGACAGCAUGAUCUGUGCUGGCCGAGAAGGCGGCGGGGCAGACGCCUGCGGUGGCGACUCAGGUGGACCCUUGGUCUGUGACAUCGAUGGAAUCUGGUACCAGGUUGGAAUUGUGAGCUGGGGACAGGGCUGUGGGCUUCGCACCCGGCCCGGUGUCUAUACCAAUGUCAGCCAGUACUUCAAGUGGAUAAAGUUGGUGGCUGGUGCACCCAAGCCGGACCCCUCCCCUACUCUGCUGCUGCUGGCUCUGCGCUGUGCUUCCUGGGUUCUGUGGGCAGCAUGAGCCCCCCCCGCCAUGAGGGUGUGCUGGGUGCCCCAGCGCCAGCCCCUUCCCCGGGACUGUAGGCACCCAGGGCUGGGGUGGGGACUGCCUGUGGACCUGGCUCCUAGCCUCUGUGUCUCAUUUGCUAAUAAACCUGUGUGGGUGUCCCAG